AAUACUUCCCUUAGUUCUUUCUCAUAAGAUCAUAUUCGCAUGGUUUUGUGUAUAAUUCAGUUUAUUCUGUCAUGAUGUGUUUAUUUUGUGAACUGCUACCAUAAUCGCAAGAAUCAAAAGUGACAUCUUUACAAAAAUGGAAAGAAAAUUGGAGCAAUUGAUAGCCAUUUACAGAACUCAACUUGAUUGUUGUAAAAGGCAGAAAAUCAGUAUCGAAUCUGCAACCUCGAAUGACGGAUGGAAUGACCAAAAACUGGUGGAAAUUGCCAGUAGAAUAAAAUUUCCCAAGGCGAUUUUCGAUCUUCGUAACUACAAGCCCAUAAUCAUACAGUUUUUUAAUUUCUACUUUACGGGAAAAAUUGCACCAAAUUGUACAGUUCAAUCUAUUUUAUUUUCGGCAAUUUCCCUACUUAAUAUUUCCGACAAAAACGGAAGUUACAAAAGAGUAUUUGAUGAAGAAGAUUACAUGGAAAGAGGAAAUUGCAAACCAUUUUACAAAUGGAGAUUAGACUCCAAUUCUCUUUUUUUGGAGACACUGGACGGAGGCAUCAAUCGUUUUAAGAAUGAAAUUGAAGCAAUUCUGGAUUCAUGGGACGUAUCCAGAACCUGGAUAGACGAUAAUCAAGCAAAAUUGACAAGACUCACUGCUUUUUUGGCCUUGAGUCUUUGCAGAAUUGUAGGGUGUAAUGAAAUUCAAUUGGGAAUUGAUUUCAGAAGCAAGGAGUACAGACAAAUUUUGACCGAUUCUGUUGGAUGGAAGGUAGACCAACCUUUCCAAUCUGCUAGUUUUGAGUCCUUGAAAAAGUGUAAGGAGCAAUUAAAUCAUGAGUUUUCCCUAACUAAAAAGAUUUUCGCCAUCGUCGUUGAACAUUGGAUGUUCGCUGAUAAAUUAGAUUGGGAAGCAGAAAAGGAAGAAAUGGAUAAGAUGAAAGUUCUGCUUUACAAAUCGUUGUUAGAAAGCAUGGAAGGACAUGGAAUGACCAUCAUCAAAUUAUUGUUGUCGAUUUGCAAAAUCACAGGAAGCACCUAUACGGAAGUAAAAGACAUGAUAAAUGUUGUUGGGUGCAACUUCACUUCCUCUGUGGAUUGGCAGGAAGUAAAACAGUUUUAUAAAAGAUACUUGAAGAAAACCCAUCAAACUGGCGUUAUGUGGACUAAACUUGUAGAUCAAGAAUUUUUUUCAGUGUACUCUCUCAAAUUAAGUGAAAAAGACUGGGCUCUUCUAAUAACGAUUUUAGAAUUGAAGGAAAAACCGGAAGCUUGGCAAGAUACUUGGAUUAAAGAAAGUCACAAGAUAAUCACGAGAGCUAAUGUAUUGGCCAAAUUAACUCACCAAAAAUUAGUGGACGCAGAAAUAGAAGAUGAUGAUAAAAGGCAAACGGAGACAGCUGAGUAUUUACAAGCUGCAGAAUUUGAUAAAAGUUUUAUUAAAUCAAAAGCUAAUUGGAGCGAUGAAAAAUUAGAAGAAAUCGCUUCUAGACAAAAAUUUCCGAGAGAACUUUACGAUCCUCGAAAUGUUAAAUCAAUACUAAUUCAAUUUUUUUAUUUCUACUUAACGGGCAAAUUGGGCAGAUCCUGUUCAACACAAUCUACAGUUUUUCCCCCAAUCUCUCUGCUGAAUAUACCCGAUGUAAGAGAAUUCAAGAGAGUUUUCUGUGAAGCAUACAUGGAAAGAACAGAUGCAAGACCAUUUUACACGUGGGAUAAAACCACUGAAAGUGACUUAUUGUUAAGCUCAAUUGACUCAAGUGACAAUAAAUUCAUAAAACACAUUCAAGUAGUGCUUGGAUCGUGGAAUGAAAGAAAAAUUUGGAUCUAUGGAAAACAAGCACAGCUAAUGAGACUCGCCGCUUUUUUGGCCUUGACUAUUUGCAGAGUAAUUGCGGUCGAUGAAUAUUCAUUACUGAAUACCUUCAGGAUUAGGGAUUACAGAAGAAGUUUAGCCGAUUGCGUUGGUUGGCCGAUGGCACUGCCUUAUAUUCCUCCUAGCGAAGGUUGCUUGAGAAGAAGUAGAAAUGAUCUCACUCGUUCCUUUAACACUUCUCUAUCCCCGAUUUUCGCAAUCGCAGUCAGACACUGGGUUGUGACUCAAAAAUCACAUCCUGACGAUCACGCUACAAAAGCUUUAUUGUAUUAUUCCUUACUGGAAAGUACGAGAGGGUAUGGAAUGGGUCUGAUAAGCAUGCUACUUAGCUGCUUAGAUUAUACAGAACAACCGUUUGAAAAAUUAAUGGAUGUGAUCCUUUCAGUAGUACCUAAAUUAAAAACAUUUGCUGGCUGGGAAUCACUGCAAGAAUUUCACAGAGAAGUAUUGUGCAAAAGUGAUAUAAAGCAUUAUAGUUUUCACUGGGCAAGAACAAUUGACCGAAACUAUUACGCAGAAUGUUCUUCAAAAUUCAGUACCUUGUUCUGCUCUAUUUUCGGAGGUAUUUUAGAGUUCAAACAAGGACAAAGUAUAUGGAAAGGUCAGUGGGCUCAAGAUAAACGAGAUACUACCUCGUUUGGAAAAUAUAUUGGUCAGAGGGUUCACCAAAUUCUUAUGGUUCGAGAUAUAGUUAGAAGAGUUGAGACAACAAGAAACUAGAAAGGAAAAUAGAAGACUUAAGACUAAGAUUUUCAGUGAAACUGUUAUGAAUCGCCAAUAUGAAUAAGCGAAUCUCAAAUGCAAAAUACUCUUAAUUUUUGAUAUCUUUGUUAUAUUUAUCUUUUUAUAAGCCGUUUUAAGAAAUAAUGUAUAAUUAUAUAUAAUUGUUUAAUUUUUGAAGAGAUGGUCUCUAAUUUUGUUGAUAUUCGUAUACUUUUGAAACUCUAUGUUGAUUUCAGAUUCAAGUAAUUUUUUCAAGCGUUUAAAUUUCUAGAAACGCUCCAAUGUCUUGAGUUGUAUCAACCUAGUUAUAUAAAAAAAUAAAUCAACCAAACUAGA